AUGAACAUCACAGUCUGCUUCUCAGUCUUCUUGCUGAGUACAACCCUGGUCUUCAUCAGGGAGCCAGAUACCAAUGACACCCUGCCCAUGAACAAGAGCUCUCUGUCUAGGCUGCAGGACUGGGACCCCUCAUUGCAGUUUGAGGAGAUGAAGCUCUUCCUCAUCUCCCCCAUCAUCUGCCUGCUGGUGGCGGCCGGAGUCAUCCCCCUCAUCUUGUUCUCCAUCUUCUCCAACAUCCACACGCGCCAGGAACCCCGAUACCUCAUCUUGGGCAGUGCCUUGCUCUACAACCUUCUCUAUCUCCUCUUCUACACGCUCUCAACCAUCUUGAAUGUGGCUGAAUUACGGCUCCCCAGGUACACAUGUGUCCUCCUGCUGUUCCUAAUCUCGCAGACCUACUGUGGGGGGCUCCUCACUGCUGUGGCCAUGGUGUUCAACACCUACUUGGCCAUCCUGUGGCCACUGCGCUAUGCCACCAUCCUGACCUUUCCCCGAACCAAGAAACUUAUCUUUUCCAUCUGGGUCUUUGCCGGCCUCUUCCCUGCCACAGUCUUCUUCACCCUUUGGGCAACACAGGAGCCAACGCUGUGUCCGGUGGAAAUCUGCUCUGUCCCAGUCAUUCUGGUAAUGACCCUACAUGGAGAUAAUGCUGUAAAAUUGUGCUAUGUGCUUUCUGUUACCAGCCUCUUCUUCUGCCUCUUCCUAAUUACCUUUUGCUACUUCAGCCUCUAUAUGAAAACCCGCCAGCUGGGCAUCUGGAAGGGCAUGACGUCUCGGGCCAGUGUCACAUUCCUGAUGCACCACACAGUGCUCUUCUUAUACUUCUGCCCACUUCUGGCAUAUGUGGUUGAAACGCUGCUCUAUCACAAUUACCACCUAAGCCUACAGACUGAGAUAUGGCUGUCACUGACCAUCUGCAACAUCCUGAUGGUCCUCCCCAAAGCUCUGUCCCCUUACCUCUAUGGGCUGCGCUACAGAGAGAUAACCAAGAACCUCAGACUCCUGUGUGGCAGAAAGCAUCCUAAUUUGAGGCCACCAGUUACGUUAUCUUAA